AUGCUCGUCCAAAGCCUUCUCAGCCUGGCACUUGCCGCCACAUCUCUUGCCAGCCCUCUCACACGCGCCACCAACACCUGCAAAGACCCCGUCGUCCGCAAGGAAUGGCGUGAACUCACCGGCGCCGAGAAGAAGGAAUACCUCCGAGCUGCCGUCUGCGCACGCAACCUUCCCGAGCAGAAGUACGCCCACAUUAACGCCGUCACAUCCCGCAUGGACGACCUCGUCUACACCCACUUCCAACUCAACACCGAGAUUCACUUCGUCGCCAACUUCCUCCCCUGGCACCGUUGGUUCGUCCAGCUUCAUGAGGAUCUUCUCAGGGAUGAGUGCGACUACAAGGGUGUUCAGCCUUACUGGGACUGGACCAUCGAUGCCGAUAAGGAGGAUAUGAAGAACUCUCCUAUCUUUGACCCCAAGACCGGUUUCGGUGGUGAUGGCAAGCGCACUGGUAGUGAUGUUCCUGGCUUUGGACGAUGUGUCGUCGAUGGUCCUUUUGCCAACACCAACUUGACCCUUGCUAUGGGAUGGCCCGACAUGAACACCCCCGGUGACCGUCUACACUGCUUCACUCGUGAGUUCAACGGUGGUCUGGGCAAGGAUGAGAACGGCGACCAGAUCCUUGGUGAUAUGCAGAUCUCUGCCUACAACUCCAAGGUUAUGAACACUAUCUACGCCUUUGAUACCUACAAGGAUAUGUCCAGCAUGCUUGAGGGUCUUCCUCACGCUCAGAUCCACAGUGUUAUCUUCGGUGAUAUGGGCCCUGCUACUUCCCCCAACGAGCCUCUCUUCUUCCUCCACCACGCCAACGUCGACCGUGCUUGGGCUAAGUGGCAAGGACGCAACGAGACCCGUCUUUCUGAUUACAGCGGCAUGCGAGUCACCCCAACAGGAACUGUUGAUGCUAAGAUCACUGACAAGAUGCCUGUCUUGUACCUUGCUGAUAAGGAGCCUGUCGUGAAGGAUUACAUGGACACCCAAUCUGGUCCUCUCUGCUACACUUACUCCGAUAUGUAA